AUGUGUGUGUGUGUGUGUGUGUGUGUGUGUGUGUGUGUGUGUGUGUGUGUCCCACAGGAGUGUCCCAGUGGUGUGGUCAGUGAGGAGACAUUUAAAGACAUCUACUCCCAGUUCUUUCCUCAAGGAGAUGCUUCCAUGUAUGCACACUUCCUCUUUAAUGCCUUUGACACGGAUCACGACGGCUGUGUGAGCUUUGAGGACUUUAUCAUGGGCCUGUCUAUUCUCCUGCGUGGUUCAGUACAAGAGAAACUCAACUGGGCCUUCAAUCUCUACGACAUCAACAAGGACGGCUGCAUCACUAAAGAGGAGAUGCUGGACAUCGUGAAAGCCAUCUAUGACAUGAUGGGGAAAUGGACGUACCCCAUCCUCAAGGAGGACACCCCCAGCCAGCAUGUGGACAUAUUCUUCCAGAAAAUGGACAAGAACAGAGACGGCGUGGUCACCAUAGAUGAGUUCAUCGACUGUUGCCAACACGAUGAGAACAUCAUGAGGUCGAUGCAGCUCUUUGAAAACGUCAUUUAGAUGGACAUGAACCUGCAGUGGCUGCAGCACCUGGAUACACACGCGCACACACACACACACACACACACACACACACACACACACACACACACACAGGA